UGUUCGUCAAAGUCAUUAUCAAAUGAUCCAACAAACACACUCACAGAGUCCUCGGUGUUUGUCUACAUUGUAUUGUCUCGUCUCAGUCGAUGUGUUUGUCUUGAUUUCAGAAGUUCACUUAGUUAUUAAUUGUAACAUUUUGAUUGUAUCUAGAGUUACUCAUAGAAACUCAUAACAUUUGUAUUUCUUCCUAUUUUGGUUUCUUCUUUUGCUGUUCCAAAAUAAAUAACAAAGACUAAUGUUGAUGUCAACAAAUAUGAACGAAUUUCAAGUGCCGCUAUUGAAUUUUUGUGUGUAUUUGUAUGUUCGUUAACAAGGAAUUUGUGUCUAGUUACACAUAAAAACACGAAAACUGCUUGAUUAAUCGCAUGUGAAUAAAUAUGUUCAAAUUUCAUGGACUAUACAGAAAAAAAAAAGAAAUAAUAAUAUUAAAAUGUUGGCUUUUGUAAUUGUUGAAUAAUUAUGACCUCAUCGUUACACAGUAGAGAUGGCUUGGUCAACAGUGUUCUCUGCCCUGAUGUUGGCUCGUCCGAUCAAUACAAAAUAGAAUGGUUCCACUAGUGUACACAAUGUUUCCAAUUUAGUUUCAAAUGUUGAGCUAUGUAACGUAUGUGUCUGCCUUAGCUUGUAUUGAAUUACCCGUGUGUACAACUUCCAAGUUCAGUUUCUAUGCUACUCAGUUCAGUUUGUUCCAAUUAAAACUACUCUCACAGUUACUAAAUUUGUAAAAACUGAAUCUUUUUAGUUUUUGUUUUGUAAUUUUGACUUAAAGUUUUUCACACAGCCCACAAUGACAAAUUCUUCUGUUGACGUUUGGCAAGUUUUUAAUUAUCCGUUGAAAGUUUUAGCAAUAGCUGGAUGUUCCAUGCCGUCAAAAGCAAAAGACUCGGCGACUCUCGUUCGACAGCAAAGGCUUUAUAAAAUCUACCAGUUGUUCGUUUGUAUGUUGCAUUCCUUGAGUUGCGCGAGAUGUUUCACGUUUAUAGCCUCCCCACCGUCCGACUCUGAUAGUUCUACGUCGUUUUUUGUCCAGCUCUACCUCAUUCUGUUCUACAGUUCACUGGUAUAUGCCAGCGAGUCAAUAGUUUGCAGAUUUUACCUUCAAGAUGUCAUGGACUCUCUGCAGAAAUACCAGAAUGAAUUUGGCUUCUGUAUAUCUCUGGCCAACGUCAAGAGAAAUGUGGAGAUGGCUGUUGUCUACGGUAACGUGACUGUCUUUCUAUCCUCUCUCUUUCUGAACGGUGCUGCGUUAUUCUGGCUGAGUCACCAAAAGGAGUUUUAUUGCUACCCAUUGCAGUAUCAGGGUGACAUUCAAUCCACCGUCUGGGGUCUCUUUGUCAACUUCACGUGUUUCUUUAUAUGUAUCCCGGUCAGCGGCUUUUUUAUUUUGUACUCAUCUCUUGUGGAACUGGUAAUAGCAGAGUUUGGAGGUGUGUCUCAAGACAUGUCGAGACUAUUAUCUGCGCACGACCAGGACGAAGUGUUUGACACAGAGUUCCCUAAGUGCAGAUCCAGACACUUGUAUUUGUGCCAACUAGUUUGCAAGAUAAGUAAACAGCUGAGGCUCCAUUUCCUUUUCUCCACUCUCUCAGGUCUGGUCCUGAUAUUUUUUGUUAUUUAUUCUCUGGCCAGCGGUCAAAUGUCCGGCGUUCAGGUAGUGGUGGAGUCAUCGUACGUCAUCUGGCAGACUUUAGUUUUUGUGUGGACCAGUAUUCGUUGGGGAGCGCUGCCGUCAGCAGCUAGCUCUAUAAGCAGAAAUAUUGGUGCUAUAGCAUGGUCAAGUCAAUCAAAGCUCAGGUUACAAAAGAUACAGCUUAUGAUUGUUCAACUUACUAAUGAGAAAAUUGGCAUAGAUAUCUUUGGAUUGAUCACUAUCGAUACGUCACUACUUCUGAUGAUUCUCGGGACAGUCGUGACCUACGGUGUUGUAGUUGUACAGUUUCAACUUGACAAAGAAUCUUCUGGUCAAAUCUCAGAAAACAAUACUGACGUCAUUCGUUAAAAAGACUUGUGAAAACACGCUUUGACCCUGGCCAAUAUUCUGGAAUCUCCUCUAAGGUUCAAAGGUGUCAAAGAGUUCAACAGAGAGCGGAGUACUUGACAAAAGAUGUCCUCGUUCUCUUUUGUUUUUUUCAGGUUUCAAACUAGUUCGACUAACUUCCUUGUUAUUAUUGAUAGAGAAGAAGUUAUUUUCAAUUAAGACAUUUUACAAGACAGAAGUAAGAUUACUGCGGGUUUUGGAAUUUACCUUUAACUUUACCGUUGGGGCACCAAGCAAGAUUUGUCGACCGUCUUUCUCCAUUCCUCCCUGUCUUUUGCCUUGUUUAAAACCUCAAUCAAUGGUAGGCCCGUCCAUUCUUUUAUGUUGUCCUUCCAUCGCUUUCUCUGUCUACCUCUUCUUUUUCCUGGUACUGUUCCCUGAAGGAAGGUCUUUGCGAGCCAUAUGGGUCUUGUAAUAUGGCCAUAUAUUUUAAGCUUGCGUUUCUUUACAAUAGUUAGCAGGUCAUCAUGGCGUCCGGUCGCUGCAGUAACCCUUUCUCUAAUCUCUUGGUUUGUGAUGCGGUCUUUGAAAGUGAUGCCUAGGAUCCUUCUGUAGCAUCUCAAUUUCAUUGCUAGGAUCCUCCUCUCUAGCUCUGCAGUCAGCGUCCAAGACUCGCAAGCAUAUAAAAAUGUGGCCAUGACCAGGGAGCGCAUCAGUCUGAUUUUGAUUUUGUUUAGGGUUAUCAAACACCAUCAAGUAACUAGAAAGGCACAAAGUACAGGGUCUUUCGUUCGAAUUUGUUAAUUAACAAUUUACUAAACCAAAUCUAUUUUAUAAAUGCUUUCAGUGGCAAAGUAAGUUGAGCUUCCAUGAUUGAGGAUCUAGUUAGAAUUUUUAUUAAUUGCUUUUUAAAAUAAAUGACGGAAACCUCCCAGAUGAUAUUCCUAAAUCAAAAUAAUUGAUGAGAUGUCAAUAUUGGAGAGUUUUUUUUUUAAAUAAUGUUUAUCUAUAAGUUGUUAAACUUAAGACUAGUCCCUGCUGAACGGGCGGCACUACCUCAAAUACUUAUCUAUCGUCUGAUGCCAGACAGGUUUGUCUGACAUAGUGCCUAAUAUAUGUAAUUUAUCAUCUAUCGCCAUAGGUCUGACGAUACCUAUUAUUAUCUAUGAUAUACAAAAUGUCCCCAUAUUGUGCCUAAAAUGGUUUACCUAUCAUUUUAUGUCUGACAAUGGCUAAAAUGUCUAAACUAGCAUCUAAUGUUGGAUUUUAUAGCUUGGGUUUUGUUCAGCCAAUCACCUGAUGCGUGACGACACGCCAGACAUAAAUUAACAUUACAACCUGUUAGGCACACACUUGACGUUGCUCCUUGUCUGAUAUUAAAACUUUUCUUGAGCCUAAUGUCCUUCUUGACUAUCAUCCACCAUUGUUGAACUAAAGCUCAAAGACUUUUCAUUGAAUGUAUUGAGAGACUCCGAAAGCUAUGUUGAAAAACUCAAGUUUGUGUUUCAAGCCACUGGUGCACUCAUCAAGUGAUCAUCUAGCGUCACUUCUUUACGGGGUUCUAAAAAAACCUAGCUCAGGUGUCUCUCAUAUAGUACAGAAAUACAGUUGUGAACCAUUAGGGAUUUAGUGGAACUCUAUUUUUUAAACGUUUUUAAACAGUUCAUUAAAAUUAUUCUAAUUUCUAACUUAUAUCGUCCAAGCUUGAGCCUAUGUAAUAUAGGGCAGUACAUUUAACAUGAAGACGAUGUUUUAGUGCCAUGGAGCAAAGAGUACAAAUUAUUUGAUUUUUUUUUUUGUCAAUAAAUCUUGAGGGUGGCAUGUAAUUUAUUAUUUUAUAACUAAUAUUUCUAUAAGUUAAGUUAAACAUGAUAAAGAUGUUACAUAUUUUAAUGAUUGAACUUUCUUUUGUUAUAUAUACGAAUAACAUUUUUACACUAUCUUAAAAUAAUAAUAAUUUGUAAGCUAUUACAUAAAAUGUUUAAUAACAUGCUGAGAAAACACUUAGUAAUAAAAUAUGAUUUUUAUGAAGUUGUAAAAUACUAUUAAGCUUUGGGUAAUUCACUUUUAGCUGAUUAUAAAAUUGUAUCAUUAUUUAAUUUAAAUGUGAAUACAUUCCCACAAGUCCGUUGUUUUGUAUGUCGUAAAGUUAGUUGGCCACAUCACAAUUUCCCUGCUCUUUAGAUGGUCGGAGACCUAACACGAGUGUCACUUCAGUGUGAAGUGAGCUACUUGCCAGGUACUCAAUGAGAAUUCACAGUCCCCAAGCAAGUGGAGAGCUCAGUAUGGACUCAGAAUUUUCUAGAAAAUGACUCAGCAAGUGGCCAAACAGCGAGUCACACAGCGUCUCACACACAUCUUGAUGAGGACCUUAUAGCCUUGUAACGAUUUGUUCUUACCACUGUGUCCUAGAUAACACAGUUUGAGAAACAAGCUUGAGUUGGAUUUUUUAAAAAAUGUUGGAACCAGGGAAUGUAAUUUUUCAUUAGUCAACAAUGAUUCUGCACUUUAGCGUGGAAAACAAUGUUGUGGUGACUUUCCUUAAGUGUCGUCCUACUCAUGAACACUAUUAUUACUGCCAAGGAUUUAUUUCAGCGGAGAGGCGUGGGUAGGAAGCUAUUCUCCCCUAGUCCUGUCUGAUGGUCUCUCAGUGGCAUCGGCCAUUACUGUGAAUUCAGUCAUGCCAAAUUACGGGGUUUCAGUCCUUUGGCCCUUUACCAGUUAACUCAUUCUGAGAAAAACGAGUUCUGACACCCCUGGGAAUUUCUUUUUGUUCUUGUUAUGUGACCGCCAGCACCUUGGGAGAAAAACCAAAGUGGUAUGACAGCCCACUUAGUGGAAACAAUUUGGUUGCGUUUUUGUUAGGAUUAGUUACAGCAGUUUUGUUUAAUUCCCUCCCCGAGAAUAGGAAUACCGUUGCAUUGAAUACUUUGGUCCACUAGGCUCACGGAGUAAUCCAUCCCAAUGUUUGCAGUUGCAACUAGACUAUAAAGAUCAUAAGCUUUUAUUGAAUGAAAAUAAACAACAUUGAAAGGUAAAAUAAAAACACAUGAAUGCUGACUUCGAUGCAAAAAAAACAACAACACAUAAAUACAAUGAACAAAUAAAUGUAGGGUUAUAAAGAAAUAAAAAAAACAAGUCCAAAUGUUUUCAAGAAAAACAAAACUGUUCUCAAAAUGAGAUUACAUUUUCAUUGGUGAAAAAAACAAUAACAUAAAAUAAGUUGUAUGAUUUUCUUUAUAUUUUUGUUAUUUGUUAACAUUAUCAUUUAUGAUAAGUUUCAUGUUUACAUGUGAGACAUUUCAUGUGCACAGCUUAACGAUUUUCAAUCCACACGUUAGUGAAAAAAAAUCAACAUUGGCCCUUUUUUUUUCCCCUCUCUCUUCAAACAUACCACCCAUGAACCACUUCAUUCUGAUUGGGCAAUAGCAAUGGAAAAUAAAAAAAAUCUGAUUUGCGAUUGCUCAGUGAUUCUCAAACUAAUGCUAGUCAUUAUUUUUUAAAAUAAUUUUUCCAAGUCAUAUAAGUGUUUAUUAUUUAAGGAGAGAUAUUUAUUGGUCAAUACCCUCCAAUCGUUAUUAUUAACUUAAUGGCCACCGUGCAUGUAUUCAAGAGCCAAAUAUCUUAUCUCAUCAUAACAAUUGUAAAAGUUACUCAGAAAAAAAAAUACUUUCAUUACCUCGCAAGUAUAUUAACAUUUUAAUCCAUCCGUAAAUGAUAAUUUUAGAAAAUUAAGAAACUCAUGGGAUCUCACGGCUGAUACAGAUAAUCCAACCCAUGCUUCAAUGGCACUAAAAUGAAUUUAUUCUA